AUGCAGAGCCAUCCGGAAUGGAGGCUUCGGGUCAACGUUCCGGCCGUGCUGCCUCGAGCAGAAAACUUCCUUGAGACGGAUCUGAGUCGAUACAUCGAGCAACGAAUCAUGAAGUUGGUCAUCGACAUGCAGAAAGCGGAGGCGGAAUCCCUCAACACAACCUUGGAUCGAAUCGAAGUACCCCAAGGAUUAUCCGUUCGAAAAAAAACGUGGACCAUGAAGGAAAACUUCCAAAAGUACUUCCAAGGCUGCUCUUUCAUAUCCAAAUGGCCGUAUUGGGUGAAAUGCAUUUGUCUGUUCCAGAAGAUCGAUUCCAUGGACGUUCUUUUAUUCAUCAUGUACGUCUACGAAUGUCCCGAAAAAGGCUCUCCCAACGAAAAGACCGCGUACAUUUCGUAUCUGGAUAGUAUUCGCUACUUGUCGCCCUCUCGCUAUCGAAAACCCAUCUACCAAGAAAUGGUUCUCGGCUAUUUCGCCUAUGUCAAGCAACACGGAUUCAAAUCGGCAUUAAUCUGGGUGUGUCCUCCCAAGAAAGGAGACGAUUACAUCAUCUUCUCGCAUCCUCUCGAGCAGCAAACGCCGAAUGAAAAGCGAUUGGGAGACUGGUAUCACGAGAUGCUGGCCAAUGCGCACAAGCAGGGAAUCGUUACGGAGGUUUCCAACCUGGUGAACGAGUAUUUGCAGGGAAACUACAAUCGCAGUAAGGAUGACGUGGCGUUGCUGGCAGUGCCUCAAUUCAGCGAUGAUCACUGGGUGCAGGACUCCGAAGAGAAGUGCAAUUUGCUGCUGAACGUCCAGAAAGUGAAGCCGCUCUUGGAGCAAACGGAUGAAGUGGAAUCGGAUGUAUCUCAUUGUUUUGACUAUGUUUUAUCAAUCAUAGACCUCUACGUCCACGAGAAAACGAGCAGCAAAGAAGGGCGUUUUAUUCGCAAAGAUGUACGAGUCGCUCAAAGACUACAAAGAUCGUCUCUUGGUGGUCAAACUGCAGCAUCAGUGUCAUUGGUGCGGUCGGUAUAUCGACGAUGAAGUCCACUUCAAGCUUCCAGAGAAGAUUUCCUCUCCCGUGAAGCAUCGAUCCGAGAAGAACAUUCUCAUGGCUCCCUUCUGCUGUCUCGCCUGUCUCUCCAAUCUCUCUCGCGAGCUGCAAACCAGCGCGACGCGCAUCCCAGCCACUCGGUUUGACGAGCAUGACUGGAACGAGUCGAUGAUUACUCGCUCUUUCGAGAAUCGCCAGACCUUUUUGAGCGUGUGCCAAGGAAACCACUACGAGUUCGAUCAGGUUUCCUCUCGCUUUUGUCUUCAUCGUAGCUUCGUCGCGCCUCCUACAGCACCAUGAUGGCCUUUUAUCACUGUUUCAACCCGGAUAUUCCCAAGUACGGCCACAGCUGCAAUCGCUGCAUGCGCGAAAUCACCACCGGCACGCGCUGGCAUUGCCACAAGUGUCCCGAUUACGACAUGUGCGACAGCUGCCGCGAGAAGCACAGCCACGAGCACGAGCUCACGCCGAUCGCUGUUUCUGGCUUUGCGCGCGAUGAAAACGUUUGCUUUAUGGACGUAGGGCUGGGAAAGACGUUCCAUGCAGACCUUCCAGGGGAAUCCGGGAGACUCGCAGCUGCAGGCGUUAACGCAUUGCUUUGUGUGCGAUAGCGAGAUGUGUGCGGUGCCCUACUGCUCGCUGAUGAAGACCAUGGUGCAGCACAGCUCGGUUUGUGAGAAGGGGAGUUGCAAACUAUGCCGACUGUUUGUG